UUUGGCUACAUAUAAGUCAGAGAGAGAGGUGAGAGGGCAUAGACCUUAUCCUAUAGUUGAAGUUCCCAUUGGGGUAGGGAUGGAAGGGAAGAGCAGCAGUAAUAUAGAGUAUCAAAUCCAGGUGGCGCCCUUCGUGGCCAAGGCGUACCAGAUGGUGAACGACCCCAGGACCGACGCGUUGAUCCGGUGGGGGAAGGGGAACAACAGCUUCCUCGUUCUCGACCCCGCCGACUUCUCCCAGCUCCUCCUCCCUUUUUACUUCAAGCACAGCAACUUCUCCAGCUUCGUCCGCCAGCUUAACACCUACGGUUUCAAGAAGGUGGAUCCGGAUAGAUGGGAGUUUGCUCAUGAGUCUUUUCUCCGAGGGCAGACCCACCUCUUGACUUCCAUCGUCCGGCGACAGAAAAGAAAAGAUGGCAGCAGUAGCAGUGGCGAUAGGAAGGAUGGCAUAGAAGGGGAGGAGGAAGAGGAGAGAUUGAUAAAAGAGCUUGGGAGGUUAAGACAAGAGCAAAGGGCCCUUCAAGAGGAGCUACAAGGGAUGAGCGAGAGACUUCAAGCCACUGAAAUGCGGCCACGCAAGAUGAUGUCCUUCCUUGUUAAGGUAGCCGAAGAUCCCGACUUCCUCCCUCGGCUUAUACUUUCAAGGAAGCAACAGUACUUGGCAUCGGAGAAGAAGCAGCGUCUUGUCGGACCCCCUACACCUCCUCCUUUAUCUUCUCCUCACUCCCUGAUGCCCAAUGGAGUCUCACCACCUUCAGACAUCGGCUCGGCAGCGGAAAGAACGAACUUUUGCCCUUUGGAGCAUCGAGCCGGGCCUCUAGCGUUAGAAGCACAGAAAUUAACGCUGCCAAUGUUUUAUAAUACUUCGGUUGAUACGGGCUUUGCUGGUGGAGUUAGUGCUAACGUUUCAGUUCCACAGAUGAACGUUGUUGGUGCCGAUACCGUUAUCUCCGGGAGUCAAAUGGGAUUGCUUCCGGAGUUUGGAGUGGUCGAAACGAGCUCAACGGCGAAGACAUCAGCCCCAUUUCCCUUCUCUUUACUCGGCCACGGAUUCUUCUAGCCUCAAUCACUGUGUUAAUGGAAUUAACG